AUGUCGAAGAACUGCCAUAGGAAGUGUGAACAUGGACCUGCAUCUUGGCCUCAGCUGCACUCAUUCAGCACCGGUCUGCAAGGCAGCCCGGAUCUGAAAGCUGCAAAAGAGGUUGCUUCCUUCCUUGGCACGGUGCAUCACGAAUACGUCUUCACAGUCGAGGAAGCCCUGGAUGCACUGCCAGAUGUCAUCUAUCACUUGGAGACCUUUGACGUCACUACCGUGCGAGCAUCCACGCCCAUGUACCUCAUGGCUCGCAGGAUUAGGGCUUCUGGCGUGAAAAUGGUUCUCAGUGGAGAGGGAGCAGAUGAGAUUUUUGGAGGAUAUCUCUACUUCCACAAGGCACCCAAUGCGGCGGAGUUCCAUGCAGAGAACUGCAGAAAGAUCGAGCAGCUUCACCUGUACGACUGCCUUCGAGCCAACAAGGCCAUGAUGGCGUGGGGUGUGGAGGCCCGAGUGCCUUUCCUGGAUAGGAAGUUCAUGGAGGUUGCUAUGGGCUUCAACCCCGUUCAGAAGAUGUGCAGAGAUGAGGCCGGAAACCCGCGCACGGAGAAGUGGAUCCUUCGAAAGGCAUUCGAUUUGCCAAGUGAGCGGUCAUACUUGCCGCAAGAAGUCCUCUGGCGACAGAAGGAGCAGUUUAGCGAUGGUGUCGGCUACAGCUGGAUUGACUCCAUCAAGGCUCACGCCGAGAAGGUCGUCAGUGAUCAGCAGAUGUCAACCGCGCCCCACAGAUUUCCUGUGAAGACGCCUCGUACCAAGGAGGCGUAUAUGUUCCGACAAUUCUUCGCUAAGCACUUCGGCGAGAACUCAGCGGCGGCUGGAUGCGUGGGGUGGCAAGACUCAAUCGCGUGCUCAAGUGAGGUUGCGCUGAAGUGGGACAAAGCAUUCCAGGGCCGUGCGGACGCAUCUGGCCGUGCCGUGGCCGGCGUUCACGUGCAGGCUUAUGACAAGAGCUACCAAACGGCAUCCCAAUCGCCCGCACCCAAGAAGCCAGUGAAGGCACAAGCCCACAGAUUGAAAGAAGAAGUUGUGACGGUACUGCGUGGGCUGGCUGCUCUGAAGGAGCAAGUCAAGAACGCAGAUGACCUUACUGGAGAACCCGAGACCGAGAAGAUGAGGGUCGAAAUCGACGAAGUGCUGAAGAGACAGACUGAAAUCCUCGAAGACAUGGUGAAAUCCACCGAAUCUUUUCCGAGGCGAUGGGCGCAGUUCGAGUUGAACACCAGCCAGCGCAUGAUGAAGAGAGAAGCUGAACCUGGAAUUCAAGACACAUUCAAUGACGCUCAGGAGAUGCUUCGCCUUGAGAGCCUGAAAGCUUGGGUCACUGCGAUGCCUGGAUCGCCGUGCAGCUUUCCAGGAAUUGGCAAAACUAUGUCAAGGAGACGCAUCUCCACCGCGGCAACACUUCUCUUGAGGUCGAAUUGCUGGGACACCACUGUACAGGCCUACAGAUUCCACAUAGUCCUGCUUGUGAGCGAGGAGCUGACCAAUGCCAGGGCCGUGGGCCUCGUUGAGCGGACGCGACUCUUCGGCAAUCUCAACGCCUAUGCAUAUUAUUUUGCAGAGCUGCUGGUGGGGACACCGCCUCAAGCUGCAUCGGUGAUAGUUGACACUGGCAGCGCACUCUGUGGCUUCCCAUGUGUUGGCUGCAGCCACUGUGGGAAUCAUCUUGAUCCCCUGUUCGAUAUGAAGGCCUCAAGCACAUCCCGAACUCUGCCAUGCGGUCCCGACUGCACUCGUUGUGAUGCGGCGGGGUGUGGUUAUCUGGAAUCCUAUUCAGAAGGAAGCAGCAUUUCUGGCCUUUGGUUCCGUGACCUGGUGAUGCUCAAUGGUUCGGACGCCGACAACCACCCAGUGGAAGCCUCUUUGGGCUGCCAUAUGGACGAGCGAAAGCUUUUCUACACUCAGAAGGUAAACGGUAUUUUCGGCUUGGCGCCGCAUGGCAUCACGGGACGGUCCAAUGUGCUGAAGGAUCUCUUCAAAGACAAAGCCCACGUCAACACUGCAGUCUUUGCAAUUUGCCUGGCAGAAUGGGGUGGAGAGUUGAGUGUGGGUGGCUAUGACAGCAGAUAUGCAGCUCUUGGCAGCCACAUGCAAUGGUUGCCCUUGCACCAUACCGGGUAUUACGGUGUGGAACUGAAAUCCAUCAUGUUUGACACACAUGUUGUGGGUAGCUCGGAGGAAUUCAAAGGACGCACGGUCGUCGACAGCGGCACGACGUUCACCUACUUCCCUGCCAAGGUGUUUCAUGCACUGCGCGAAUCCAUCAUAGCAACGUGUCAAGGUUCACGGUGCGGGGCAAAACCGGUAGGAAAUGACUGCUGGUUGCUGCCUACAGGAAGCCGUCCUGCAAAGUUCGCACCCAUCUUUCUGACAUUCUCUGGCGGAAGCGGGCAAGAUGAUAUUUCAGUCCGCUGGCCUGCGCAGUCCUACUUGUUCCGACGCGGCAUGCGUGGCGUCGACGGGUUCGAAGCAUGGUGUAUGGCUUUUGCCAGCAAUGGAGCUUCACCGGAGACGGUGCUGGGGAUAUCCUUUUUCAUGUACAAGAAUUUGGUUUUCGACACCACCUCCUCAAAGCUCGGAGUGGAAGAUGCGAAUUGCCCACAGCACCACCACUCCGCACAAGUUGGGAUGGAGACAUUUUCGAGUAACGACAAUCCCGCUGUUGAAGAACACCUUCAACAGGGCGGCAUGCGUCACCUUGGCUUGGUGCUAGGCUGUGUAGGUGUCGUGCUGCUCCUUAUUUCGUUGGGUAUGUUCGCCUGCGCCUUCCUUUCCACCGAAGAGGAGAACGACUCCACAGACAACUUGCUGUGA